GCAGUGGAAAACUUGGCUCCCGCCCAUCUGCCGUUGAUUCGUUCUUGGCAACCCGUUACAACUUUAUGCAACGGCGCCCCAACUUCCAUGACAGACAGCCGACGGAGGAUGCACCGAGACUGGAAGAUACAUUGCAAGGUAGGAAGGUGCCUAUUGCGCAUGCGCAUGCGCUGACGGUGCGGCCAGUUUUCAUCUAACUGCUUAAGGUAAAUUGCUCGGACAAAAGACCCGGACUGCUUUCUGUGAAGAUUGUCACGCCUCGGCAAUUUAGAGGAGACGCAUAAAUCCCGGGCGCACAAAGCUUCGCCUUUUCGUGCAUCCACUUUCAAUGUACCUGAUGGGCACCUACCUUAAGCGGAAGAGUAUACCUACAACGUAAGGUAGUAAGUCCAGGUGAACUGGGAUCUUCGGGUCAUAUAGCUCCUUCCUGAAUAGAAGCUAGCCGCACGCUUUUCCAACCUCAACUAGGUACCUACCUACCUACCUAUAUUUUGGUUGGCCUCUUUCGCGUCAACGUUGCACCUAGAACUGCCAAUCCUCGGCACGGCUAUUUUCUCAAGAUGACGUUGUCUGCACUCUCUUUGGGCGCGUUUGCCUUGUUUUCUGCUCUCCCAGUCAACUCUGCCGCCGUUGCGCCACAGUCAGUCUCUUAUGAUGGCUACAAGGUGUUUCGAGUUUCUGUGGGAGACAAUGUGGACAAGGUGAACGGCAUAGUAAACCGCCUUGCUUUGCAGACAUGGAAGGGAGCCCCAAGGGCCAACGCCAUGGCAGACAUUGUCGUCCCGCCGAGCCAAGUCGAUAGCUUCCAGAAAGAGAUCGACGGCAUGCAAGCAAUUACCAUGCACUCCAACCUGGGCGAGUCAAUCGCAAACGAAUCUUCUUUCCAGACCUACGCCGCGGGUUCAGCCAAUAGCAGCUGGUUCAACGACUACCACUCAUAUGCGGAUCACCUCAAGUUCAUAGGCGACCUGCAAGCCAACUUCCCCAACAAUGCUGAAGUUGUCGUAGCUGGCCAGUCACUCCAGGGCAACAACAUCACGGGUAUCCACCUGUUUGGCAGCGGCGGUCGCGAUGCAGCCAAGCCGGCUGUCGUCUUACACGGCACCGUGCAUGCACGCGAGUGGAUCACCACCAUGGUUGUUGAAUACCACGCCUACACGCUGCUGACGUCCCAGGACAACGAGACACGCUCGUUCCUCGAGAAGUACGACUUUUACAUCUUCCCGGUCGUCAACCCCGAUGGAUUCAUCUACACGCAAACAACAGAUCGUAUGUGGCGCAAGAACAGGCAGACGACCCAGGGUAGUCGCUGCCUGGGUCACGACAUCAACCGCAACUGGGCCUUCAAGUGGGAUGUAAGGGGAGGAGCAUCUACUGAUCCUUGCGCCCAGGACUUCAAGGGCCGAGCAGCGGCCGAUGCUCCUGAGACGGUUGUGCUGGCCAACUGGUUGAAGGAAACCAAGCAACGCCAAGGAGUGAAGCUUUUUAUCGACGUCCACAGCUACUCGCAGCUCUUCAUGACCCCAUACGGCUACUCGUGCGAUGCCGUGGCAGCCAAAGACACGGAACUACAGUCGCUAGCCAAGGGUGCGGUCGCCGCGAUCAAGGAUGUGCAUGGUGUGUCCUUUAAGUAUGGACCGAUCUGCAAAACCAUCUAUCAGGCGACCGGUAGCAGCGUGGACUAUGUCAACGAUGUGAUAGGGGCCGAUUACGUCUUUACCACGGAGCUGAGGGACACUGGCGACAAUGGUUUCAUCUUGCCAAAGGAACAGAUUGUGCCGAGCGGCGAGGAAGCAUGGGCCGGGCUGAGAUACCUGCUUAUAAACAUGAGGUGAUCAGGGAUGAAGUUGAUGGGAUGAGACGGGGGGCUAUUUGUUUAGUUUGCAUUAAAAAUAGCAGAUUUGCAGCAUUAGACAGUGCUAACAAACACGCAUUUUCGAUCCGA